AUGACUAAACUUAACAUCCAUCUGGUGCCAGGGAAUGUCCCAGUUGAGGAGGUACAGAAAAGACAGGAGUGCAACACGUACAUUAUGACAAGCUCCAAAUGUAUUCUGACUCCUGGUGAAAUAUACAGACCGUGCUGUAAAACUACUGAGUGUGAUUGUAUAUCCCAACCAGAGCAUGAGACUUUUGAUUGUGACUUUGGCCCCAACUUUCACCCUACAUAUGAGGUGAUCUUGAGUGAAGAGGUUAAAAAAGUCACAUUAAGUCUUUUGGAUGAAAAGGGCGAGGAGGUGUGGAUGCCUCGUGUGGUCUUUCUGACAGGUACAAAGAGAACCUCACUCACAUUAGAUUCUACAGGUGCUGAUUUUGUGGAUAAACACAGUGAAAAGCUCAUUCAGAGAGUUUCAGCGGUAAUGGAGAUUGCAGACCAUCUAAAAGCCAGGGAUUUUAUUACUAAUGAAAUGUACAGUAACAUUCAGGUAAAGGCAACACCUCAAGAGAAAAUGAGAACCCUGUACACAUGUCUCGACUCAGGAGGAACAUCUGUGAAAACAGAAUUUUAUAAAAUCCUCAGGGAGAAAGAGCGUUUCCUAGUGGAUGAUCUGGAGUCUGGAUUUCAGUGA